AUGCCCAUAGUAAAUGCUUCAUUUGACCAGUUCAACGCUCACGGCAGGUCAACCGGCAUUCAACCUGGAAACGGUGGUGCCCAUAGCCAUGCAACCUAUCCAGCUGGGGUGCCGCCUCCUCUCUGGUAUCGCCAAGUUGAUUUUCUCAAGGGCAAUGUAGCCUUGGUUGAUUGCUUUCCUCCUCCAGACAGCCGACCCGCGGCGACCGUGCGCUUUCAACUAAAUGCUAGCUUCAUCACCCCUUCAAGUGAGUCGUCUAAACAUUUUCAUUUAAUCCAAAUAGUUACGUUCACACAUGUCAACGGGUCGUUCAUCGUACGAUCUGAUAAUUUAUUCGAGAAUCUGACAAUUUGCUUUUUGUAUUUUGCGAUUAAUACACAAUUUGGGGAAAAAAAUAAUCGGCAGUACAAUCCACAUUUUCUUAUUUAA